UUGUAAUAUAUAUAUGGAUAAAUAGCUCUUUACAAUUAACAGGUACCUUUUCACGAAUUCCAAUGGCAUCCGCAAUUCAAUUACCCUGCUGUGGUCCAUGUGGAUAUGAUGACAGAAUUACGGAAGCGAGAAGAUGGUGUACUACUUGUAAAGAAGGUUUAUGUGAGAACUGUGAAAACGCUGACAUAGAAAACAAAAUAUUGAGUGACCAUGAAGUUAUCUCGAUUAAAGAUUACCGCAAGAUUGAAAACGUUUCUAUCUCUGAGGUAUGUGAUCUUCAUGCAGAAACCCUUGAAUGGUUCUGUAAACCCCACGAAAAAGCUCUCUGCAUGGUUUGUGUCCAAUCAAAUCAUAAGUCAUGUUCUGAUGUUAUAUCAAUACAUUUUGCCUCAAAAAAUGCCAGGCAAUCGACAGCAUUUUCUGACCUUGUAGAGUCAAUUGAUGGAACACUUAGCAACUUAAAAAUGUGCAUAAAAAACCGCGAAUCUGCUGCAAAAGGAACUGAAAAACAAAAAAUUGAAAUAAAAAACAUGGUAUUUGAAACGCGGACAAGAAUAAUCGCCCACCUAGACAUGAUAGAAAAAAAAUUAUUACGGGAGCUAGAAUUAACUUCUUGUUCUUGUAAAUCAGAAUAUACGAAAAUCCUGCAAAAGCUUAAAUCAGCAGAGAAAAAACUUACCAAACUUAGGGAACAAACAUUGCAAUUUUCUUCUGACAUACAGGUGUUUCUUGGAACGGUUCAGGGUAAAAGGUUGGUCAUUAACGAGACGAAUUCAAUUGAGAAAGUCGUCAGAGCCUCCAAAAAUUAUGAAAUAAAAGUAGAUUUCGAUUGUCUAAUGAAAAAACUAUCCAAAGAGCUUCAAGAUUUUGGUCAAGUUCAGGUCACAGAAAAUUCCCCUCAGUUAGAUUUCAGAAACUCCAAUAUCAAUCAAGAUCAGGUAGGGAUCACUGUCCCAACAUCAGGGGAAAUAUCCGACAUACAGCUUCAGCUAGUGAAAAGUUUCAAAAUAUCAAUGAAAGAUAAGAAUAUCAAAAUAGAUAUAACAAGCUGCGUCAUGUUAUUCAAUGGUCAUUUAUUAAUGGCGAACUUCGCAAAGAAAUAUUUGAUCGAGUAUAGUGAUGACGGUAAACAUGUGCGCGACAUUCAAGUCUCUGACAAACCGUGUUGUAUUGCAGUAAUAGAUCCUUGUCGUAUUGUUGUGACUUACGGAACCGCACAAUUCUUAGAAAUAAUGAAUAACUUUACUUUCAAAGUCGAAAAGAAAAUUAGUCUCCAGGCAUGUGCUACAUGGUUAUCUCAAACAAAUGGGAAACUUUAUGUAGUAGUUGGAUACAAAACAAUACAAGUCAUGGAUCUAUCAGGAAGACAACUAGAAACUAUAGAACUGUCAUCUAAUACUACAAUUGACGUCGCUGUUAGCAGAGACAGGAUAUUCUACACAGAUUACGAAACAGGCAAUAUACGUUGUUGUCUUAUUACUGGAGAAGAGUUAUGGCAGUUUGACAGUACAAAUAUUCGUACACCUCUAAGUUUAGCAGUAGACAUUUACAAUAACGUUUACGUUGUACGUUGUGCGUCUCAUAUUCUAACGUUAAUACAACAUGAUGGAAAAGACAGUAAGACAUUAAUGACUGAAUCAAAUGGACUGAAUGUUCCCCAUGAUGUGUACAUUGACAUUGAUAGUAGAAAACUGAUCACAUGGAAUGGCAAUGGAGAUAUUUAUUUGUACAAAAUUGUUUAAAACUUACAAAGCAUAAACUAAUUUCCUGUCGUUAGGAAAUUUUAUCUACAUGUGUUUCAUGUGUUCCGCAAUAUUUUCAUCUUUAAUUUAACAUAGCAGGAUCCAUUUUGGUUUUUUUUUAUUGUGAGGUACAAAAGUUGUCGAUGUCUUGUUAAACAAUGGCCACACUGGUAAAUGCUAUGUCUUCAAGAGACCAAAAGUUUCUGUAUGGAUCAGAAUAUUUGCAGUAGACUGAGAGAAAUGUAUUGUAUUCAUUUGUUUCAAAUUUCAAAUGUAUAAGUACUUUAACGCUUUACACUCAAGAAAUUGCUUCCAUUUUAAUUCGCGAGAAUUUCAUGCAAAUAAAGGCAACAGUAGUAUUCCGCUGA